GAGCCUCAGUUUUCCGGCCCGCCAAAUAAAAAAUAAGUCAGUACUCAGUUGCUACUGCUAAUAUUAUUACUCAAAAUUGUCUAGAAAUAUGCUCGGCUUUAGAUUAUUGUGUUCCUUGAAACAUCUGAAUGGGUUUAGAAUAGACAAUCGAGGUAUUGGGGCCUGCUACUCGAGCUUUGCUACCCAAAACACAGCGCAAUGUACAAGUCAAGCGCGUCAUUCCUCAGUAUCUUAUGGUCAACCAACAAAUGCGACUCACCCGCACUUAGUGAAACCAGGUGAAUUACUACCAGGCUUGAAACUCGAAGAAUUUCGUGAACGUAGAGAAAAGUUGGCAGCACGAAUAUUGGCAGACGAGUAUGUGACAAAGAACCCUGAAAAUUCACACAUUGUUAUAAUACCGUCAUCGAACAUAGUCUACAUGUCUGAUAAGAUCCCCUAUAUUUUUCGACAAAACACAGACUUCUUGUAUUUCACGGGAUGCCAAGAACCUGAAUCUAUUCUGGUCUUGUUCCUUCAUCGUCAGGACUGUUCCUCGCGUCUUUUUGUGAGAAGAAAAGACCAGUAUUCCGAACUGUGGGAUGGUCCAAGAACCGGAGUCGACGCUGUUGUUCAAAUGUUCGAUGUGGAUGAAGGAUUGCCUGUGGGAGAUUUUGAGAAAUAUCUCGUGUCAUAUUUGAUGGAAAAUAAGAAAAGUUCCAUCUGGUACGACAACACAAGCAUAUUACAACUGGAAUUGCAUAAAAAAUUAAUGAACGUCCUUCAACUAACGAACAGUCAAACUUUCGUAUCGCCCAAGCGAGCGUUUCAUGAAAUUCGUCUGAUUAAAUCCAAAGCAGAAAUUGAUUUGAUGCGGAAGAGCUGCGAAGUGGCAUCAGCUGCCAUAGCUAAAACUAUAGAAGUUUCUAAACCUGGUAUGAGCGAACAUCAAUUAUUCGCAACUGUUGAUUACGAGUGCCGAAUGAACGGAGCUGAAUUAUUGGGCUAUCCUCCGGUCGUUGCUGGUGGUGCUAACGCCAAUGUUAUACACUACAUUAAAAAUAAUCAAAUUGUUCAAAAUGGCGAAAUGAUCCUUAUGGAUGCUGGCUGUGAAUACCACGGAUACACAUCAGAUAUAACGAGAACUUGGCCCGUAAAUGGAACUUUCACUCCCCAACAACGCGUUCUCUACGAAAUUGUUUUGGACGUCCAAAAGACUCUGAUCCCGCAGCUCACAGAAUUCCCUAAUCUUGAUCAAGUGUUUCACGACAUGUGUGUACUUUUGGGACAACGACUCCAGGAAAUCGGGCUCAUACCGUCCAAUUUAAGUGGCGAAAAAUUACGUGCUGCCGCUUACACUUACUGCCCUCACCAUGUCAGUCAUUAUCUUGGUAUGGAUGUUCAUGACACCGGAAUGAUCUCGAGGGCAACAAGCAUCAAACCAGGAAUGGUUGUUACGAUGGAACCAGGCAUCUACGUGAGCCCGCGAAAUCAAAUGGCACCACCAGAAUUCCAUGGUUUAGGUAUCCGAAUCGAAGACGAUGUUUUAAUUCAAGAAAACGGACCAGUCGUACUGACCGCGAGUUGUCCAAAGGAGAUUUCCGACAUAGAGGAACUCGCAAAGAAAAAUCAAUCGUGAUAUGUCUUGUAAAUAAACUGUCGACAAACACAUUGGGCAAAUGACAUUUUAAUAAAAUGACAUUAUCAUCGUUUUAUGUAAAUAUUUGAAAUAAUAAAAAAAACUCUGUACAAAUGAGA